CAGCUUGCCCUUCAACUUGUACAAACGGUAUUCAGCAUUUGACACGAAUGGCGCUGAUAUUGUUGGUCUUGUAGUUCAUCGUCAUUAGCUCCGUGAUAGGAUCGGGUAUAUUCAGUAAUGGAGGUGCAGCUAUCGAGGUUGCUGGCCCUGGUGGGACGUUGCUUGCUCUUGUGGUCAUAGGCUUAGUCGCUAUUUGUGUAGCAGAAGGCCUGAGCGAGCUUACACAGCUGUUCCCUGCCCCAAACGCAAUCGUUCAAUACGUACAAGCCUUUGUCGACAAAGAUCUCGGAUGGGUGAUCGGUAUCGCGUACUGGUUUACAAAUUCGUCCAUCUUUGCCGCCCAGAAUCUUAUGGCUGCAAAUCUGGCCGUGUAUUGGGGCAUUAAAGAAGUAUGGCAAAUCAUAAUCUUUUAUUGCGUUACACCCGUCCUUAUCUUUACUAUCAAUCUUGUCGGCGUUGAUACGUUCGGAUGGAUUGAAGCUUUUGGAGGCAUCCUCAAGAUUGCCCUAGUACUUGCGGUUACAAUCAUCUUGUAUGUAAUAGCCGGGCAAGAAGGAAACUGGUCUAGCCAGGGCCCUAUCAACGAUGGCUUCCAGUACAAUCCCGCAUUUACCUCGAACAAAUAUCGUGCAAUUUGUUAUGUUAUUCCUAUGGUUGCUUUCGGCUUCUUAGGUAUUGAGGCCGUCGCGGUCACAGCUUUUGAGGCUCGAGAUUCUAAAUCGUUGCGUUUACCUUCUCAAAGUAUCGCGUACACGACGCUGGUUUUGUAUUUUCUGUGUUUAUUAGGCCAAUGUCUGAAUGUUUCGUGGACCUCCGACCGACUACCCCUGAUCUACAGCGGUAUUGGCGACGGCGACGGCGUAACUAACGCUACAACUUUACAAUGGCCAUUAUCCAGUAGUCUUACUAUCAUUGCGCUCUGGGACUGGGGCAAGAAAGGACUUGCUGGUUUCAUCAAUGGUGCUAUGAUCUUCAGCGUCCUCUCGGCUAGCAACACCUCGCUCUAUGUUGCGUCUCGGACACUAUAUGGCCUCGCCCGAGAAGUUCCUACGACGACCUGGUUGGGGAAGCUACUACACGGCUUUGCUGUUGUCGUCCCCAAGACCGGCGUACCAGCUGGUGCCCUGUUCUUUUCUGCUAUAGCCUUCAUCUGGCUACCUUUUAUGCACUUGCAAGCGGGAUAUGCUGUGCAAUACCUGGUAGAGAUCAUACAAAUAUCAGCUAGUGUAAGCAUUCUAAUUGUUUGGGCAACACUAUCCGUAGCGUACCUCCGCUACUACCUAUGGUUGAAGAAAUGUAGGCAGUGUUUGGUCGGCGAGUAUGAGCAAUUUUUGCGGAAUGGUAAUAAGUAUGAGCCGUACACUGUCCUCGCCUUCAUGCAGCCUAUUCCCGCUAUCGUCGCAAUCGCUGGUUGCCUCGUCAUCCUUGGUUUCUGCAGCGCGACAUGGUGGGACUUGAAAGCCACUUUCUCCAAGGUAGCAAUCGGCUACGCUGCGCCUAUCGUUCUGUUCACGAUUUUCGUUAUCUUCAAAAUUGUCAACCGACGCCUGUGGAUACGAACAAACGGCGAUUUCGCGGAACUCUCAAAGACCCUGGGCCGAUUGAAGUGGUACAAGCAAGACGAACGAGAGAUGAAGGAUAAACGUCAAGAUGAAGGUACCAGGGUGUUGUCUCCGCCGUUGAUAGGGUCAGACUCAAUGGUUGAGGAAUAUCCCAUGUCAAACUUUGCCCCUAGUACCGAGAUGCUUGCGCAAAGGCAGGUGUAACAUUUCUAAUAUCAGUUCAGCCUCUACAAUAUUAGAUGAUUGGGCGGGUAUAUAGGGGGAAUACUUGUUUUGCCAGUCCGAUGUAUGCCUGUCGAAUAUGAACGAAUAUGAAUAAACUAGUCCCUAGGCCUACAAACAGUGUUGAC